AUGAAUCCGGUCAUCUUUGAUGAUGUUGCUAAUUCUGUAUUCAAGCUACGGAUGUAUCCAUAUUUUGAUAUCGCUAACUACAUUUUGAUGAGUAUAUCGGUUAAAGAGGAUACUCCUCAAUCAGGUUCCGUAAGUUUUUCGAGACGCCACCCAUUUUCUUGCUGGUUAGCUACUAUGCUGAUGUGCUUCGGAGGAGCAAUUCUUUCUAACUUCAUAACUGGAUCACCACUUUUCGAAUGUUUCGAUGAUACAGUCUCUGUCUUAACGGCCACCAUUGUAUGGUAUCUGAUAAAUUAUUUUCCAUUUGAUCUCCUGUAUCGAUUUUGCAAGAUGCUACCCGUUCGACUACUUGUGUGCUCAUUAAAGGAGGUUCAGAGGGCGAAAAAGAUUUUUAUUGGUGUACAUCAUGGUCUUCAUCUGUUCCCAGAGUCACCUGUAAUGUGUGUUCUUCUAGGUCUUUUGAAAGGUGCAGGCUAUUGUGAGAUGAAAUUAAUACAGCGUCUUGUACGUGGUGUAUGGCUACCAGCAACUAAUGAAUUUCUUCAUCCCACUUUUACUACGAAAAUUUCGUUGCUCGCCGCCAUCGGAUAUUACUGUCAUCAUUUAGAUAUAAUACCGUUACCAGAAAAUCAAUUAUUCCUGGUUAUAAUGAUUUUGUUCGUUUACUUUAGGUAA